UUGUUGUUGUCGGCCUCGGGGGUUUCGUUUUAACUCCCAGAUUUAGGUUUCGGAAGAAGACCUGUGUGUCUUUCAAUUUUAGGGUUUCUGUCGACUAUGGAGAAGGAUAAAAAAGUGAAACUGAAGUAGGCUCCGACUUGGGAAACAACGAUUCAACAACCCAAGAGAAGAAAAGGGAACUGUCAUUAGCUGAAACAUGCAGAUAUGAUGAGAUUAAUCUUGCAAUAAAAGAGGGCAAACCUUAUAGAAUCACUUGGGAAGUUGUGCCGUUGAGGACACUUGCGCUAAUGAAGGAGAGGGGCUUGCUUAUAUUAGAUAAUGAUGUUGAUCAUAAGGCUGAUGAUGAUGAGCCAACUGAUGAGAAGAUGGUUGAGACAGAGACCAGUGGCCGUGGUAAGAGGAGAAGAGUAGAACAAGAGCACCGCCCAGAUCUCAACAAGACUGCAGCUCCUAGAGGAUCAGCUGAGGAUAAUGUUUUACCUUUUACGAAGACGUUACCUUCGUGGAAAGAGUAUGAGUCUGAUGAGGUCUACAAAAGAACACCACAACGUCCGCACUUCCCAUCAUUGGCUUACUCGUGUGAACUUUUUCGUGAAGGGAUUGCAGCCGGUCUGACUGGAGCUUUUAUCAAAUGUGUAAAGACAGUAGAUGAUAUGGGUGAGGACACUCCAAGAAGCAAACUAGAUGUCUACAAAGAGACAUUUGUCAUGCUAGAGGAGCAGGGAUUCGACGUUAGAGCGCCUCUAUCACGGAUCAACGAGCUGUUAUCUCUCCAAAAUGGGCUACCAAAUAUGUUGAAGAAAGAGAUGAGAGGUGAAUCGUCCAACAAAAAAGCCAAAGCUGGACUGAACAAGAAGCCUUCUUUCAAGACAAAGGAGAUGGCAAGAAAAUCCACUGUGAAACAAGAUAGGCUGAAUUUUUUGUACGAGAAACAAAGAGAGAUAAGAGAAGGUUCUAGCAAAGAACCAAAGCUGAACAAGAGUCUGGUGAGGUGCAAAAGCAGCUUUGAAGACAAGGAGACGGCAAAAUAAGAGAUAUGGGUGUGGAGACUCCUUGGUAAGUUAAGAAUAACUAUGAUUUUAUCCUUUUAAGUUCUGUUUCUUUUAUUUAUCCUUUUUGUAACAACUCUGAUGUACUGCUACUGGCUUUUGGCUUUGGCUGCUGCCUUCCUACUUUAAGAGCCGAAAAAAACAAUGCACUUCUUUUAUUAUCCGUAUUUUUUUGUUCUUUUUAAGGCAUUACUAGUCUGAUUCUCUGUA